AUGUAUUUGUCCCUGCGGGGCAACGCCGCCUCUCCCACUGACCGUGACCUCCGCACUUGCUGUAACAUUUAUCACCCUGAGUACACACAGAGAGCUGUGGUGCCAGUGUGAGAGCGCCCGGGUAGCCCCUGCUGAGCUCGGGACUGCAGCACCAGGACAAAACACAUAAGAGGAAGGAAAAAUACAAAGGAGGAAUAAGCCAGCAAAAAGAGCAAGGAGAAUCAGAGGAGACGGCAUGUUGGUUAAAGUUGAGCUUAAAAGGCAAGCCUGACUCUAGAGGGGAGACAUAUUGAUUCAACUUCUCAGCUCACAGAAGGUAAAGAGGCAGAGUUGCUCAUCCGUAGGUUGAAAGGUUGACAGACCGCCAAGAAUUCAGGGUACUGGUCAUGGCUCCAGGCCUGCUGCUGGUAGGAUAGAGUUCAGAUCAGCAGCAUCUACAACGCAGCUUCCAUCCCCAUCUAACCCCACUUCUAAACAACCCAUCCAUCUCUUUCUCCUUAGCCAUCAGUAUAUUCCACAAGUCCACUGUGACAAGAGAGGCGAGCCCUCAUACAGACUAGUUAACCAGGCUGCAGCAUACCGUGAGAACAAAGAGUGACCUCACGAGCCAUCGCUGAGUAGAGGAGAGACACUCACCCACUGCGGGGUUUGAGAGACAGCGGCCUUUUAAUCAAGCACAUGGGCUGUUGAUGAAGAAAGAUGGCAAUGAGACUGGCAGGCGCCACCCCUUCCUCUCGGCCACCCUCCCUCCCCCCAGUGGCCGUGGCUCGGACCGGGUAAGGUUGGUCUGUUGGCAUCCAUCGGAGCAUCUGCAGCAGCUGGCAGAGCGUGGGAAGGAGCAGUAUGCAGGAAACUGAUUUACCGGCCACAAAUGCCUUCAAAGAGUGCAAGUUCCACUGCACCAAUGGGAAUUGCUUGCGCCUGGGCUCGCUGAUCUGCAACCAGCUGAAUAACUGUGGGGACAACAGCGAUGAGGAGAACUGCCCUGUGGUCACCCAGCACCCUCCGCCGGGUAUCUUCAACUCUGAACUGGAGUUUGUUCAGAUCAUCAUCAUCAUCGUGGUGAUGACGGUGAUGGUGGUGGUGAUCAUCUGCCUGCUCAACCACUACAAGCUCUCCACCUGGUCCUUCAUAACGAGGCAGAGCCAGGCCCGCAGGCAUGACCAUGCCCUACAGCAGGACGGGUGUCUGUGGCCUUCAGACAGUGGCUCACGGCAAGGUGCCUCAGAGGUAUUAUAUGCUCCCCAGGCCAGGGAUCGCUUCACUGCUCCCUCCUUCAUGCAGCGUGACCGCUUCAGCCGUUUCCAGCCCACCUACCCCUACCUGCAGCAUCAGAUCGACCUGCCGCCCACCAUCUCUUUGUCGGAUGGGGAGGAGCCCCCACCCUACCAGGGGCCCUGCACCCUCCAACUCCGUGACCCUGAGCAGCAGAUGGAGCUCAACCGUGAGUCGGUGAGGGCACCGCCCAACCGGACCAUCUACGACAGUGACUUGAUCGACAUGGGAGGAGGUGGGAGUCUAGGAGGGGGAGGAGGGGCAGGGAUUGGGGGUGGCGGCCCAAGGCCGCCCAGCAGUAACUCGGGCAUCAGUGCGGCCAACUCCAGCAGCCACGGGCGUAUGGAGGGCCCCCCGCCAGCAUACAGCGAGGUGAUGGGCCACUACCCCGGCUCAGCAUUCUUUCUACACCAGCACAGCAAUAACCAGAGGGUGGGGAGGUCGGGGGGGCUGGGGAGCAGGACGAUCCAGCAGCAGAGCCAAUCAGAAAGCACAAUUGUACCUGCCAAGGCCAAGGAUGGCCAACCAGAGGACUUGGUGUGAAGAAAAUGAGAGGGGGAAGGUGGGGCCGCCCAUCCCAGACUGAGAACUGCGUCUCUUGUUCACCCCAGACCACCUGUAAGCCGUGGUCUCUCUUAUCACUCUCUGUCUCUCAUGUCCUCUCUCCACACUCCCAUGCACAAACAAAUAUCAACCUUAGCUACAAGAAAACAAGCAAAGAGAAACCAAGAACUGAUUUCAUUUAAUUCACACGUUAGAAAUUCAAACAGCUAGCACUGCUGGGGCAGGAUGUAUGCACUGUG